GGCAACGCUGGCCCCGCCCCUGGGCCUGCGCUCGCGGUGACGUCAGCGCCGCGCGACACCUCCCCGCCUUUCUCGUCUCCAUUACGUCAUCACGCGGCGACGGCGUCGCCAUGGCUGCGGCUGGGACAGCGCCGUUCCGCCGGGAGCCGAGCGUGCGGCUGCGUGGCAGCGCUGCGGCGCUCUACAACAACCUGAGCGUGCUGCUGGCACCGGGCCGCCCGCCGUCCGCCUUCUGCGCCGUGCACGGCCCCGCGCUCACCAUCGCCACCGCCACCGCCGACGGGCCCUGCGCCACGCGCCAGCUGCCGGCACGGCACGCCGCCACGGCCGGCACCGCCGACGGCAUCACCCAGGCUGCCUGGUGCGUCCUCCCGUCCCGCGCCCUCCUGGUGCUCACCUCCCACCGCGGCAUCCAGAUGUUCGAGGCCGACGGCUCCACGCUGGUGUAUUGGCACGCGCUGGACGGCACGGAGCAUCCUCCGGCGCACGCGGUGUUUGCCCGUGGGAUCGCCGCUGCCGGCGGGCGCUUCGUCUGCGUGGGAACGUCGCCGGGGCCGGUGCUGGUGUUCGAUAUCCCCCCCAAAGGCACCAACGUCACCGUGAGCGACGUCCUGGAGCGGCACCACGACGCCAUCACCGACAUCGCGGCCGAGCUGGGCCACACGCCGGACGACGCUGGCGACCUGGUGAGCGCCGAUGACGGCGGCGCCGUCUGCACCUGGAGCUCCGGAGAGCCCUUCACCCCACUCGGCAAAAUCCCGGGAUUCGGGUGGUCGUGCUCCUCGGUGAAGCUGUGGCACGGGAUCGUGGCCGCCGGCUACGGGAACGGGCAGAUCCGGCUGUACGAGGCCGCGACGGGCGUCCUGCGCGCCGAGGUCAACGCCCACGCCCGCUGGAUCUCGGCUCUGGACGUGGCGCCGCGGAGCGGGAAGCUGCUCUCCGGCGCGGAGGAUUCCUUUGUGCACGUCUGGGAGCUCGGCAGGAACCCGGACACCGACGGCAUCGAGCUCCGGCACUGCCACGCCGAGUGCGUCACCGACACGCAGGUCUGCGGCGUACGCUUCUGCGAUCCCGACGGGAAUUCCUUCGCCGUCACCGGUUAUGACCUGAACGAGAUCUUCCGCUACAGCCACGCGUAGCCCUCGGCGCCCGCCGGCGGCGGCACCGGCACAGCCGGGACACAGCCGGCACCGUAAGCACCGGGGCGGCGGCACAGCCCCGAUUCCGGCGCUGUGGGGCCCGGGGUGGGAAUCCUCGGGAAUGUGGGGCUGAGCCGGGAUCCCCCUCGCUCCGGAGGUGAAGGCGCAGCCGUGUGUGGGGAAUGCGGCCCCAGAGCUGCGCCGGAUGUGUCCCCACGUCCCGACUGCGGCACAGCCCCUCCGCCCCUGUACCCCCCGAGCUAUGGGGCACAGCCCCUCCCGCCCCCUGUACCCCCCGAGCUAUGGGGCACAGCCCCUCUGCCCCUGUGCCCCCCGAGCUAUGGGGCGCAGCCCCUCUCCCCCCACCCAAUAA